UCCAGCCUAGUGUUCAAACAUUAAAAGGGCUUGCCAUGGUGGACCUAUUGCUGACUGGGACUCUGACGUGCCUGUGUGACGCUGCAGCCCUCCUCCCUCAGCUUCAGUCACUACAGCAGCACUACUAUCACACUAGACCCGGACCCUGUACCACUGUGCACACUUCCAUCUCUGGAGUCUGGACGAGCAGGGGGGAGUCCCACUCUGGAGGAAUCAGAGCCGUGAUCAUCCUACCCGAACGGAAAAGUGCAUGAAGACUCUUUGGAGCCAUGAUGGAGGCCUGGCCAGCGGUGGCUUGGAUCCUGCUAGUGACCAGCAUAGCUGAUUGGCUGAAAACCGUCCACUCAAGGGACUUCACUAUGACGGACAUCAUCUUGCUGCAUCCCUCAACUACGCCUCAUCCAGGCGGCUUCAAGUGCUUCACCUGUGAAAACGCUGCCGACAACUAUGAGUGUAAUCGCUGGGCUCCUGAUGUCUACUGUCCUAAAGAUGCCAAAUACUGUUACACACUCCAUAUGAUGGAGAAAAAUGGAGACAGUGUAUCUGUGACCAAGAGGUGUGUGUCGAUCAAAGACUGUCUGUACACCGGCUGUGCUGAAAUCGCUGAAAAUGGCAAUCAGGUGUGUUCGUCCUGCUGUGAGGGCAACAUCUGCAACUUGUUGGUGCCAAGGAAUGAGAGCAGUGCCAUUUUCUCCUCAAAUUCUCCUCUAGCUAGCUCCAGCAGAAGGCUCUUACCCACAAUGCUAAGCUACAUCAUAAUUAGCAGCAGCACUGUGAUAGCCGGACGUUUAAUUUAACUUCAAGCUGGAGUAAAAACUUGUACCCCAAGCCCGCUGAUGAUGCUGCCAUGUGUUUACUUCCUCUUUUUACACAAUUUUCAAACAAGUAUUUUUGGUAAUUUAUGCUAAGUGUCAAUGUUAUUGUUUGGAUCCAAUGUGUCAGUGAGUACCUUUUGUCUUUUUAAAGCAUGUUUAUUUGAUUGUGUUUAAUAAAUAUAUCUUCUAAACUGUUU